AUGCUACUGCUCUGGGUGUCGGUGGUCGCAGCCUUCGCGCUGGGGGCACCGGCCCCCGGAGCAGGGGAGCAGGGCCGUGGAGCAGCCAAAGCCCCCAACGUGGUACUGGUCGUGAGCGACUCGUUUGAUGGAAGGUUAACAUUUCAUCCAGGAAGUCAGGUAGUGAAGCUUCCUUUUAUCAACUUUAUGAAGGCACGUGGGACUUCCUUUCUGAAUGCCUACACAAACUCUCCAAUCUGUUGCCCAUCACGUGCAGCAAUGUGGAGUGGUCUCUUCACACACUUAACAGAAUCUUGGAAUAAUUUUAAGGGUCUAGAUCCCAAUUAUACAACAUGGAUGGAUGUCAUGGAGAGGCAUGGCUACCGAACACAGAAAUUUGGGAAACUAGACUAUACUUCAGGACAUCACUCCAUCAGUAAUCGUGUAGAAGCAUGGACAAGAGAUGUUGCUUUCUUACUCAGACAAGAAGGCAGGCCCAUGGUUAAUCUUAUCUCUAAUAGCACUAAAGUGAGAGUGAUGGAAAAGGAUUGGGAGAAUACAGACAAAGCAAUUAAUUGGUUAAGAAAAGAAGCAAUUAAUUAUACUGAACCAUUUGUUCUUUAUUUGGGAUUAAAUUUACCACACCCUUACCCUUCACCAUCUUCUGGAGAAAAUUUUGGAGCUUCAACAUUUCACACAUCUCUUUAUUGGCUUGAAAAAGUGUCUCAUGAUGACAUCAAAAUCCCAAAGUGGUCGCCUUUGUCAGAAAUGCACCCUGUAGAUUAUUACUCAUCUUAUACAAAAAACUGCACUGGAAAAUUUACAGAAAAAGAAAUAAAAAAUAUUAGAGCAUUUUACUAUGCUAUGUGUGCUGAGACAGAUGCCAUGCUUGGUGAAAUUAUUUUGGCCCUUCAUCAGUUAGGUCUUCUUCAGAAAACUAUUGUCAUCUACUCCUCAGACCACGGAGAGCUGGCCAUGGAACAUCGGCAGUUUUAUAAAAUGAGCAUGUACGAAGCUAGUGUGCAUGUUCCGCUUUUGAUGAUGGGACCGGGAAUUAAAGCCAACCUGCGAGUAUCAAAUGUGGUUUCUCUUGUGGAUAUUUACCCUACCAUGCUCGAUAUUGCUGGAAUUCCUCUGCCUCAGAACCUGAGUGGAUACUCAUUGUUGCCUUUAUCAUCAGAAACAUUUAAGAAUGAACAUGAAGUCAAAAACCUACAUCCACCCUGGAUUCUGAGUGAAUUCCAUGGGUGUAAUGUGAAUGCUUCCACUUACAUGCUUCGAACUAACCACUGGAAGUAUAUAGCCUACUCUGAUGGCACUUCAGUAUUGCCUCAACUCUUUGAUCUUUCCUCAGAUCCAGAUGAAUUAACAAAUGUUGCUGUAAAAUUUCCAGAAAUUAUUUAUUCUUUGGAUCAGAAGCUUCGUUCCAUUAUAAACUAUCCUAAAGUUUCUGCUUCUGUCCACCAGUAUAAUAAAGAGCAGUUUAUCAAGUGGAAACAAAGCAUAGGACAGAAUUAUUCAAAUGUUAUAGCAAACCUUAGGUGGCAUCAGGACUGGCAGAAAGAACCAAGAAAGCAUGAAAGUGCAAUCGACCAGUGGCUUAAAACUGACAUGAAUCUAAGAGAAGUUUGAACAAAAAGUUAAAAAAUAAUGUUCUGGAGCUACAUAUAAAUAUCAUAAUUAUGUAUUUUAAAUGUAACAAAUUUGGUACCAAUUUUUUAUUACUUUGAAAGAAUGUAUAUUUUAAUAUAAAAUGCCAAUGAUUAUAAAAUUACGUAUUUUCAAAAAUGAUUAUUAUUUAGACCUUUGUACAACUUCUAACAAUUUAGUUGAAGCAUCAAAAAGAUUGAAGCAAAUACUGUAAAAGUUACGUUUCUUUAAAUAAUAGAGAAUAUAAAAUAUUUUAAUAAUAGUGAUACGAAUCAUAAAAUAGUUUUGUGGUGAGCAUCUGAUGGUGCUUAAUGAAUUAUUUAUAUUGAAUGGGAUAGUUUGGAUGGAUUUGAUGGAAGUAUUGGGAGUAUUUAAAAGGACGUAAACUCUGGACAUACCUGAUUUUAUGACUGUUUUUUUAAAUAGGUAAUAUAUAAGCAGGGUAAAGCUUCACAUGGUACAGAAGGGUUAACAGUGAGCAUGAAGUCUCUGUCCUGUUCCUCUUCCCUGCCAUGCAGUCCCCCUCCAAGAAGCAAGUACUGAAACUACCUGCUUAUGCAUUAUUUUAGAGACUGGCCACAAAUUUAUAAAAAAGUGUAUAUAUUCCUUUUCCCCUUCACAAAUGGUAACAUACUGCUCACAUUGUUCUGCAUGUUGCUUCUUUUUCCCUGUUUUUUUCCACUUAACCGUAGCUACCUAGAGGUGAAAUUGCUGAGUCAAGACAGUUUUUAGCAAAAUUACACUGGAUAUUACAAACUACCUCUAAAGAAGGUAUAAUAACUGGUAAUCUCACCAUCAAUGCAUGUCUUCUUAUCCUUUGCCAACCUAAUUGAUGCAAAUAUUCUAUUUUUAUUUUUCUUAUGAGUAAGGUGGAUCAUAUUUUCAUGUUAACAGCCAUUGGAAUCUGCUUUACCAUGACCUUUCCUAUUUCUAUUCUUUGCCUAUUUUCCUGUUGGUUGUUGGUCUUUCUUUUGUAUUACGGGAAGGCUUUAGGUAUUAGCUCUUUGUAAGAGAUUCUGCAAAUAUUUUCUUUCCAGUUUGUCAUAGUCCUUUGUCUUGUGACUUUGUUCUGGUAUUUUUUGAUAUGUAGAAACUAUAUUUUCAUGUAAACAGAUUUACAAAUCUUUGUACCCCAUAAAUAUAUACAAUUAUGAUUUGUCAUUUAAAAAUAAUAUUAAUAAAAAAGUU